AUGCCGCUCAACAAAGGCAUUUCCGAGGUUGAUCUGCUUCUGUUUGCCGAUGAACUCAGCGAAAAAGCUAAACACCUGAGCGAGGCGCUGGCGAACGCGCUGCGGGGACACGCGGCGAGCAUCCGCUGGAUUCACUACAACCAAGUGGUGCUUCUCAACAGCAGCGUGAGUACUUUGAACAAGAGUUUGAACUCUUUCCAGAGGACAUCCCUUGCUCUGCAGAGUGCGAUUACAGAAGCCAUUGACAAAUUGGACAUUGCCCAGAGUCUCAUCAAUAACAAUGCCUCAGAGGUUAUCAUUGGGAUUUCCAACAAGGUGGGCGCCUGCAAGCCCCUCUCCAACCUGGUUGACUCUGUAGACAUCAUUGUGUGCAGCUACGUGAUGGACUCGCUGAACGUGUUUUGGUUUGGCCUCGGUUGGGCGACGGUGUUUCUAGUCCCGAGCAUCAUUUUUGCCAUGAGGCUGGCAAAAAACUACCGGCGAAUGGACACCGAGGACAUGCAUGAUGAUGCUUCAGUCACGAGGAUCUGGAAUUUAGCCUUCUGAUCGCCAUUCCUACUUUUGAAGUCGUGUUAGUUUGUUUGAUGGUUCCACUUUGGAAUGUUUUGCCCGUUCUUUUUUGUUGUGAAAUUCUACACGCCUUUCUCAUCGCAAC